AUGGAGAACGCUGCUCUCGGCAUGGAGGAGGAGGACGACAAUGUCAUCUCCGACUCCUUGAUAUGCCUGGUUGCCGACACAGUCGUAGAGUCCAAGGAAGACCCAGAGUGUGCGCCUGUACCUGGAAAACAAGAGGAGCAAGAUGGCGUAUGCUCAGAUGAGUACAACAUAGAUGAAGAGAAGGAGAGGCCCCUUGUCGCUCUCCUUGAAUCAAGGAGGAUCUUUAGAACAACCCAAAGUCGUCGAGCAGAUUCCGAGACAACCCAGGACAAUGUCGCUGUCUGUCUGGAGUCAGAAGACGAACUGGAGGAAGCCUCGUCUCUUGACCAGAGCAACAAUGAGGACCAUGGGAGGAAGGAGCCAAAAGCAGAACUGGAGUGUAACUGCAAACCUCUGGCGGAAGGAUCUUCCAACGAUUCUGAAAGCUACGAAGGAUCGCUACCGGAAUGGGAAGAGCCGAAUUUUCCAGUACCACGGACAGCUCAGGAGGUGCAGACCCAGCUGACGCAUUCCCUGGGGACUGGCGAAGAUUCCAUUAGGAGGCCCAAACUAAGCCGAAGCGAAAAGAAAGCUCGAAAGGCCAUGUCCAAGCUGGGUCUGCAGCAGAUCCACAAUGUGACCAUGGUAACCCUCCGUAAAUCGAAGAAUACUUUAUUGGUCAUCAACAAUCCGGAUGUCUUCAAACGUCCAGCUUCCGACACCUACAUCGUCUUUGGCGAAGUCAAGGUCUACCAAGAGGCGGCGGAGAAGUUCAAAGUUCCUAUGGAGCACUCGUCCUCGAUCACCGAAGCAGCUUUAGCCCCCACCAUCAAGGAGGAGAGCGAGGAAGAGGAGGAGGUGGACGAAACGGGACUGGAGGGAAAAGAUAUCGAAUUGGUCAUAGCUCACGCCAACGUCUCCCGCCCCAAAGCCGUCCAAGCCCUCCGGCACAACAACAAUGACAUCGUCAACGCCAUCAUGGAGCUGACGAUGUAA